CUGGGCGGGGAGAUGCACGACGCGCUCCGCAGGGGGGAAGCCGACCGCCGGGGGGACGUGGACGUGGACGUGCUGCUCAGGGGCGCGGAGAAGCUGUGCGGCGUGUACGAGCUGCCCGGGGCGAGGGAGCGGAUCGCGGCGCUGCGGGUGAGGCACCGGAACGGGAGGAACACGGCGGCGUACUACGAGGCCAAGGUGGCGGAGCAGGCGGAGGCGCUCGCGAGCCUGAAUAAGAAGGAUUGGAUGGAGGAUGAGGGGGACGAGGAAGAGAAGGAGGAGGAGGAGGAUGGGGAUGAUGUGUGGACGGUGGAGGAUCUGAGGAGGGAGGAAGAGGAGGCGAGGGGUAUGGAGGCGAAGAAGAGGGAGCUGCAAUUACGGUUGCGGGCGAUGGAGAAGGACUUGGCGGCUUUGAAGUAUAUGUGA